AGCAAUACAGCUCCGCGGUGGACUAUAGUUUGUGUUCCAUGAAGCGUCAAUGCAUGAAACAAAAGUGGAUUCAGAAAAAAAGCACUUAAGGUGAAAAACAAAAAACUAAUCUAAGCUACCUCAAGGGCGAUGCGUUAUGGACGUAAAUAUUUCCGUUUAUGAACGUUUACCACUGACGAAUUGUUAAAACGGGAUUUAUUCAGAUUUUGUGAUCGGAUUGUUUUCAGUUCAGCCUAUGUAUGACAAGAGAAGAGCAUAGCCCUUUUCUUUCCUAUUUCCAAUAAACUUUCCGGUUUUUGGAACACAUCACUUAGCAUCUAAUCACAUGCAAACUAGCGAUGGAAACAACGACAUGUCAAGGCCGGCACUGCAAAAAAAGACAUCCUUCUCCCUCCUCCCUUUGCCAGACAGCUGGAUGUUCAGAGGGAAGAAGAGGAAACAGAAGAGGAGAGAUGUGGAUUCUCUUAGUCUAUGCAGCCUGGACAUCAACGAGCCCAGCAACAAGCGGGUGAAGCCCCUGUCUCGGGUUACAUCACUGGCCAACCUCAUACCUCCAGUCAAGGCUGCACCUCUUAAGCGCAUCGGACAAACGCUGCAGCGUUCCAUCAGCUUCCGCAGUGAGACUCGGACAGAGCCAGCGAUGCCACCCAGACCGUGGACACGGCCGGCACCCCCUGCCAACACCAAGCGCCGUGACAGCAAACUGUGGAGCGAGACAUUCGAUGUGCGGCUUGGACACCAGACUCUGUCAUCCAAGGAGAUCAAGCGUCAGGAGGCAAUAUUUGAGCUUUCUCAGGGGGAGCAGGAUCUUGUUGAGGAUCUAAAACUGGCCAAGAAGGCAUACCAUGAUCCAAUGCUGAAGCUCUCUAUCAUGACAGAACACGAGCUCAACCAGAUCUUUGGUACCCUGGACUCGCUUAUUCCGCUGCAUGAAAAUCUGCUAACUCUACUGCAAGAGGCCAGGAAGCCAGACGGCUCAACAGAGCAUGUGGGACACAUCCUGGUGGAUUGGCUGCCCUGUCUGGACUCUUAUAACUCAUACUGUAGUAACCAGGUGGCAGCCAAAGCUCUCCUGGACCAUAAAAAACAGGACCACAGGGUGCACGACUUCCUGCAGCGAUGCCUGGAAUCUCCCUUCAGCCGGAAGCUGGACCUGUGGAACUUCCUGGAUAUACCCAGGAGCCGGCUGGUCAAAUACCCACUGCUUCUCCGAGAGAUCCUCAAACACACACCAAAUGACCAUCCGGACCGACAGCACCUGGAUGAGGCCGUCAGCAUGAUCCAGAGCAUCGUGGCAGAGAUCAACACACAGACAGGCGAGUCGGAAUGUCGCUUCUACAAGGAGCGACUCCUCUACCUCGAGGACAGUCAGAGAGACCUGCUCAUCGAAAGCUCCCGUGUCCUCAGCUGUCACGGCGAGCUAAAGAACAACCGAGGCGCAAAGCUGCACGUGUUCUUGUUCCAGGACGUGCUGGUUAUCACUCGAGCCAUUACCCACAAUGAGCAGCUGCACUAUCAGCUGUACCGUCAGCCCAUCCCUAUCAGGGAGCUGCACUGGGAGGACCUGCAAGACGGGGAGAUACGCCUUGGUGGCUCUAUCAGAGGAGCCUUCAGCAACAAUGAGAGGACCAAGAACUUCUUCAGAGUGUCGUUUCGGAGCGGCGGACAGCUCCAGUCACACUCCUUCCAAGCCAGUGAUGCCUUCAACAAACAGCAGUGGCUCAACUGCAUCCGCCAGGCCAAAGGAGCUGCCGAGUCGGCCGUGGGGACCAGUAAUGGUGACCCAGUGCACCCUCUGAGAACGGUUAGUCACCUGAAGCCACCAGAACCUCCCCUCUCGGGACCACUGGCCCCCCAGCUGGAGAGCAUGGACCACAGUGACAGUGACUCAUCCGCGGACUCCCCAGACUGCAGCAUGGACAUGGACACAAGCGAGGCUUCAGCCACCACAGUAUUCCUUGGUUCUGCCCAGAUGGACCUAGCGCACUCCAGUAGCAGUACCAGGCCAGCAGAAGUGUGACCUCUGGGGUGUUAUGGACUCUCUUGGUUAGAGAGCCUGUAGGGGCAGUAUCGGUGGUAGCAUGGCAGUCCUCCCUAUUAUAAAGGAAACAGGGAGGGGAACACUGGAUGUUGGACCGGAGUUGGUUUUCUUUGUUACUAAGCUCUAUCUCCUUUCCUUUCACAUUGUCUCUAUCUCUCGUCACUACUCCAUCUGUAUUCUAAGUGUCUUUGAGACACAUUUAUGAUUCUUAGUCAGUAGCCUUGACUACAGUGCAUGUUAGCAGUGACUGUCUGCGCCACUGUGGAAGUCUGCAUGAAGAGGAGGGAAGGUGGCCAUGACAGGGACUUAAGCACAGUAUUGUUGUUGUUCCUGGAUUUGCUGGCUGAGUCCUCCUGCCCUGCGAGCUCUGAUCAAUCACUGCCAUUGUCAUGUGGUCACUGCAUUACCACUGUGGCCUCCAAGAACUGACAGCUGAUAUUCUGAUAUAUACACUGCUCAAAAAAAUUAAGAGAAUGUGUUAUCAUCACAGUGUAACACCAAGGCAAUUCAACUUCAAAGAUAUAAGUCUGUCCAGUUAAGAAGCAUAAGCGAUUGUGAGUCAAUGUCACCUGUUUUGGUGCAAAUGAAAGUGAAAA